AAAGCACCAGUCAAGCAUACAUUGUAUCUAAGCAAACCUGCAUCACACCUUUAUUUAUAGCCCUCCCCAAAGUGUUAAAGCUAUUGAAAUUUUACUAUUGAAGCAUCUAUUGUGAACAGCAAUCAUGACUGUGGGUAAGAGUAGCAAGAUGCUGCAGCACAUUGACUAUAGAAUGAGAUGUAUCCUGCAAGAUGGAAGAAUCUUCAUUGGCACCUUUAAGGCUUUUGACAAGCAUAUGAAUCUGAUUCUCUGUGAUUGUGAUGAGUUCAGGAAGAUCAAGCCAAAGAAUGCAAAACAGCCGGAGCGUGAAGAAAAGCGGGUUUUGGGUCUGGUCUUGCUACGUGGAGAGAACUUGGUCUCAAUGACUGUGGAGGGUCCACCUCCAAAAGAUACUGGUAUUGCUCGGGUGCCACUUGCUGGCGCUGCAGGUGGCCCUGGGGUAGGGAGGGCAGCUGGCAGAGGAGUACCAGCUGGUGUACCUAUUCCUCAAGCUCCUGCUGGAUUAGCAGGCCCUGUCCGAGGAGUUGGAGGUCCAUCCCAGCAGGUCAUGACUCCACAGGGAAGAGGCACUGUAGCAGCUGCUGCAGUUGCUGCCACUGCCAGCAUUGCUGGAGCUCCAACCCAGUACCCGCCAGGACGUGGAACUCCACCUCCACCUGUAGGCAGAGCAACCCCACCACCAGGAAUCAUGGCUCCUCCACCUGGUAUGAGACCACCCAUGGGCCCACCGAUUGGCCUUCCCCCUGCUCGAGGGACACCUAUAGGCAUGCCCCCUCCAGGAAUGAGACCCCCUCCACCAGGAAUUAGAGGCCCACCUCCCCCAGGAAUGCGUCCACCAAGACCCUAAGAUGGUUGAUAAAUAUCAGCCUUUAUUUUUCCCUGCAUUGCAUCUUGUGAAAUUGUGUAGCAUGCAAGCUUUUUGACCCCUCUUACUGCAUUAAUUAUAGCUAAUAAAUACAUAGAGCAAUUGAA